AUGAAAGUGUCUGGUGGAGAUCUCUCCCAUGUUGGUUUUGUCAUUGGCAAGGCAAAGGUCGCACCCAAGCAUCGUCAUACCGUGCCAAGGUUAGAGCUGUGUGCAGCCGUUUUAGCAGUUCAACUAGGUCAGACCAUAGAGGAAGAACUUAGCAUUCCUUCAAAGGACAUGAACUUUUAUACAGACAGCAAGGUCGUACUCGGAUAUCUACAUAAUCGUGUUCGUAGAUUCUAUAUUUACGUUUCAAACCGUGUUGGCAGAAUCCUGGCGUUCUCACAGCCUGACCAAUGGACCUAUAUACCAACAAAUCUCAACCCAGCUGACCAAGGACCAUCAGUUUUGAAGGACCAAGUGCAACCAGUUGGCACAAAGUUCGAAUUAGUCAACCCUGACAAGGAUGCAGAAGUACGUCCACAAGUCAAGGUCGUUUCCAAGGUUACAGUUGUCAAAACAGAAGUCAGUCAGUCUGGUCUCGGGAUAGAAAGAUUCGAGAGCUUCUCUAGUCUUCAGAGUUUAGUGAGGGCUAUUGCAUGGAUUAUCCAUAUAGCCGAUAGCUUUCGGAAAACUAAUGGGAUCUGUCGGGGCUGGCAUCGUUGUUCGUCAUCCCUUACUGUUGACGCUGGAAAGCGGGCUACUUAUCUCAUAAUCAGAGAGGUACAGAACAAAUUUUAUGGCACCGAGAUAGAGUGUUUGAAGGCAGGAAACCCUAUCUCAAAGAACAGCAACAUUCUUUCUCUGUCCCCUGUCUUAGACGAGGAUGGACUGCUACGCGUUGGUGGUCGAAUGUGCAGGGCUCAAAUACCUUUGUCUCAGAAGAACCCAGUAUUAAUACCCGGUAAAGCCUACAUUGCAAAACUCGUCAUUAUGGAUUGUCAUGAAAAGGUCAGCCACCAGGGCCGCCAUUUCACUGAAGGUAUGGUUAGACAGUCAGGUUACUGGAUUACAGGAGGGAAACGCUUGAUAUACCAGUUGCUCAGCCAGUGUGUUAAAUGCAAGAAGCUUCGUGGGAAAAUGUGUCAACAAAGAAUGGCUGACCUACUAGAUGCUCGUUUAACGCCUGCUCCACCCUUCACAUAUGUAGGGGUUGAUGUUUUCGGACCGUGGAAUAUCGUUGCGAGGAGGACACGAGGAGGAUUUUCCAACUCAAAACGCUGGGCCGUGAUGUUUACCUGCUUAACCUGUCGCGAAGUCCAUAUAGAGCUUGUUGAAGAGAUGAGUUCAUCAUCCUUCAUAAACAGCCUCAGAAGAUUUCAGUCUAUACGUGGGAAAGUCAAGGAAUUCAGAUCUGACAGGGGUACCAAUUUUGUUGGUGCUUCCGACGACGUCCAUAUUGACGCUAUAAACGUUGAGGACGUUUUCUUGAGGAAACAUCUCUACGUUUCAGGAACAGUCUGGAAAUUCAAUCCGCCAUGUUCGUCACACAUGGUCGGCAGCUGCGAAAGGAUGAUUGGAGUGAUUAGGCGAGUAUUAGACUCUCUGCUCCUAGAAGAGAUAGGCAAAAACCUCACACAUGAGGUGUUGUCUACCUUUAUGUGCGAGGUGAUGGCAAUUGUUAACGCCAGGCCCAUCACAACAGUUUCCUCAGACGCGGAGUCACCAUUUAUAUUGACACCAAACACACUCUUAACUCAGAAGACUGGAGACUCUGUGGAGCCAUUCACAAACCUGGAUGUGACGGAAGCGUAUAAAUCACACUGGAAAUACGCCCAAGUUCUAUCGGAUCAGUUCUGGAAACGGUGGCAAAGGGAAUUCCUGCCAACUCUUCAACAACGACGUAAAUGGCACAAGGAACACCCCAACCUCCAGGAAGGAGAUGUCGUCUUGCUGCAAGACAAAGGCCUACCACGUAAUCGAUGGCCCCUAGGAGUCGUUUCGCGCGUCUUUCCAGGAUAUGAUGGCUUGGUCAGAAAAGUGGAAGUUCGUAUCAGUCGCGAUGGAAAACAUUCAAAUUUCAUUCGCCCAGUAGUCGAUCUAGUCAAACUUAUUGAAGUGCAACAGUGA